AUGGACAGUCUCGAGGCUCUUCGGGAGCGCCUCAACGAGACUCUCAUUCCCCACGCUCAGCGAUAUCCCCUACAAGCUAUCCUCGUCACAACCAUUAUCCUCUUCAUCACAACGAGACUCUUUACAGGCAGUUCAACUUCUUCUAGAAAGGAUGGAUCAAAAACACCUCCUCUUGCACCUUUUUGGGUGCCCUUGUUUGGCCAUGCUCCGCGUAUUUUCCUCAGUCCUUCUUCAGCUUUGACGCGCUUCAGAGAUCGAUAUGCACAGGGUGUCUUUUCACUCCGCUUAUUCCAGAGCAUUCACUCUUUUGUCUUUCGACCUUCACUUGUGACUCGUCUUCUUGAGCAGCCGGAAUCUAUCGCUGACAAGGAGCAUGUUGCGAGACGGAUUAUGAUGACCAAUUUUGGCCUUCAAAAGAAGGAUCUUGCUGCUUAUGAUAAAGCUGCUCCUGAGGUGUAUCAAAUCACCAAGGAGUAUCUGAGCGGCUCUCAUCUCGAUGCCCUCGCCAAGGCUACCCUUCGGGAUCUUGACGACCAUGCUGCUGAUGCAAUCUCCUUCAAUAGCUAUCCCACUGAUCAGAUGGACUGGGAACGACUGGGCAAUGCGGAGCUUUUGGAGAACACUGGAGACGCAAAGAUCAUGGCUGUGGACUUCUUUGAGCUUAUGAAAACCUUCGUUGCCAGAACUGCCACCAUCUCGGUCUUUGGCACAGACUUCGUCGAGGUCUAUACCGAUAUCUGGCCUCAUUUGUGGAUUUUCAACGAUGCUUUCCACUCGCUCGCAAUGGGAGUCCCAGUCUGGGCACCCUUCCCAAGCUCCCAGCGUGCCAGAUUUGCUCUUAAAAGGCUACUCACUUUCAUGCGCGAGUAUCACACUGAGUUGGACAAGUUUCUCAGCGAUGAAGAACCGGCGACGAAAUGGCAGGACUUUCACACCAUCAGCCCUCUUGUGCGCGCCAGGACUGAAGUCUAUCGGAAGCACGGUCUGUCUGUUGAUGUUCGCGCUGCAUUUGAUGUUGCUCUUCUUUGGGCCACCACUGUCAACUCUACAUCACUCAUCUCAUGGUCGCUGUUCGAAUUGUACCAAGACAAAGUUCUUCUAUCCCAAAUCCGCGAGCAAAUCACACCGUUCGUCAAGAUUGUCCAACCCAAGAACGAUUUCGGUGGCGCCGUCUGGAUUCCUCCCCAGGUUCAGAAACUUGACCUGGAAGGUCUUGUUACCAAAUGUCCUCUGCUUCAGGGGGUAUAUCUCGAGACAUUAAGGUUAUACGGUGGAGGAUGGUCAGCGAGAUAUCUGAAGGAGGAUGUGAUACUCAAAGACAAAGAAGACAGCUUUGUUCUGAAGAAGGGGACGUUCGCACAUAUUGUGAAUGAUCUGCAUCACUCUGAUCCCAGAAGCUUCACAGACGCAAAGGUUUGGCAAGUUGGACGAUAUCUAGAAGAUACAGUUGAUGAGAAGGGCGUCAAGACUCAGAAGGUUAACCCAUACACGGUCCGAGCAUCAGAUGGAACAUUGACAAUGUGUGAUGAUUCGGAGUUCACGUUGAGGAAGGUUGCCAUGUACAUCUCGGUGUUCAUCAGCCUUUACGAACUCGAACCCGCCGGAAGUGAAAGAUGGCCGUCGCCGCCGGUAGUCAAAGGAGUUGCGUCGGCGCAGCCGUGGGGGUCUGUCAGGUUAUGGGUGAGGCGAAGGUCGCCACAACCUCAAUGA